AUGAGUGCGAACCCAACAGAAACUUCGCCAAUAUCAGAAUCUUUCAAACAUGAAGAAGACAUUCCAAAAGGUGACACUAAACAUAUAGAAAUUAACGUGAUUAAAAACUACGACAGUGAAAUUAACCCGUUAUUUAGAACUAAGAGAUCUAUAGAUGAAUUAGAUAAAGAAGAAGAAGAAACUAAAAAGGAACUAGAAAUCACUACAACAAAGGAAGUACUAAAUUUUACAAAAGACAAGGAAGAUAAAGCUUCAAUAAUUAUCAGGAACGAGGAAUUACUACAUCUUGCACUGCAUAAUAUUCUUUUACAGGAAAAUAGUGCAGAAUUGGGAAACAUAAGAACUCAACGCUUAAAAAGACAGAUAAAAAUCCAAUAUCUGAAUAACGCAACAACAUCAAAAAUAAAAUCUAUGCAUGAACGGAAGAAAAAAGAUGAUGAUUAUUUAUAUAUAGAAAUCGAAACACACUUUGAUGGAAAAGGUAUAAUAGGAGAAAGGAAAAAGAAACUUGUGAGAAAUCUUAUUGAUAAAAUACAAAAAGCACUGCGCUCCGAUAUAGAAAAAAAACAUAGUAGUGUUGAGCAUAUUAAAUUUGUUAAAAGAACCCAGGAUCCCAUUGCUAAGCAAAACGAGAUUUCACCCGCGAAGAAAGAUUUUGUGGAACAUAGGCAACUUGAUCCUAUAGGUAAAACUUCAGAAGCCCUUGAAAAUAUAGUCGAUAGACAUGGAAACACAUGGAAAAAAGAAUAUAAAGGUCCAAACUUUUUAUCAAUGUCAAAAUCUGUUAACUCUGCGGAAAUGAAUGAGCUUAAUAUCGAUUAUGACCAAGUUAUGAAAAAGAGCGGAUUUUCGAAAAGAUUACAAAAACCCUUAAAUACAGAAACAGACAAUGACGAUGUCACUGGAUUACUAGAUUCUGAUUCUAAUAAUGUAACCUUCUUUUUGAAAAACAUUGCUGGGUCUGGGUUUUCGAUUGGGUUUAAUCAGUACAGAGGUGAACCUCCAGACAAAGAAAGUAUGAAAAUGUUUAAUGGAAUAGAAAAUCUUAUUAGAGAAUAUCAUAGAACGUAUAAUCAGGCAAAUAAUAUGAGUAGUAAACCCACCAGUAAUGCAGAACAUAAUUUUGUCGAAACUGGUCAUGAAAUAGAGAAAAGAAACGUUGAAAAUUUGCACAAUAUUUAUAAACGUUCGAUAUCACAACUGGGAUGA